AUGAACAUCCAAAAGGGAAAAGAGCGCCCUACCAUGAAAACUCACCAAGUAGAAGAAGAAAAAGAAAGUGUGACCAAACUGCAGAAGCAGUUCAUGAACUUGCAGCAAGACUGGGAUUCAUACAAACAGUCUAACCCAAGAGCCAAGAGGAGGCAUUCAACCAACUCAUCAAGUUUCACCAUGGUGAAAAAUCUUGAUCAGCUCCUUGACACUUCUCCAAGGCACCUCAUGUCUUCACUUCAACAUGGACUGUCACCUUCCCAAGGAGAAUGGCGAGUGAGGACCAAUGAUUUGGUGGAGGAGAUUAGGAGAGAGAGAAGGGCAGCCAUUGAGAGUGGUGAGUUGAAGGGAAGGAGGCUUUUUGAGGCAGAGGAAUGUGAAACAGAGAUGGGUUUUGGAGGAACAGAAGGGAUAUGGUGUGGUGGGAACGGGUUGGCGCAAGAGAGAGAGGUGAGAUCAGUAUCUUUUGAUGAUUCUGAUGGUGAUGAUGAUGAUGGCUCUGGUAAGAGCAAAGAGAUUGCAGUUUGCUUUCAGGGUUGUUAUAAAACUUCUUCAUCUUCAUCUUCUUCUUUGUCUGAUGAGGAUGUGGAGAGAGAGGUGGAGAUAGAGGCAAGAAUGAAAUUGGUGAGUGUGGAAGAGAAAAGGGUUGAUAACAAAAAUGAAGGUGGUAAUGAAAGAAGGUGCACUGCUGUGAUCAUGCCUUGGCUUGCCAUUGCUUUACUUGUAUUUGCAAUUUUCUUUAUCAGAGGUUUUGCUGGAUAUCCAAAUGUAGAUGAGGUGGUUCUAGUCCCAACAUGA